GAUAAACAGAUGUGCAGUUGGACGCGUCUUUACACUACAGCCUCAACUGCGCUUUGCUAGAAUUGGUUUAUCUCUAUGACAGCUAAUCUAAGAUACCGUGUUUCUUUAGUAGAGAAGAAAGAUAAGGCGGUACAUAAAAAAUAAACCACUUUUUUUUGUAUUUGCUCGCUCACUAUAAGCUUGUGAAAAGCUGACACAGGCUAAACGAUGACAGCCAAAACUGCGGAGAAAGCUCCAGUAACUCUCGGUGGUUUUGUGCACCAGUUACCUGAAAGCAUCUACACAGUAGAUGACAUCGCCACAACUUUGCCAGCAUCGGUGGCAAUCUUUCCUAAUGCGGAUUUAGGAGGGCAUUUCGACCACGUUAGCGGAGUGACAGGAGAUGGUAUGAUCAACGUUGACAUGAGCACAGAUAGAAGGUCUCUCGACUUGUCUUCUUACUCCAGCAGUUUCACGCAGCCUUCACCUCGCAAUCAGACCUUCACCUACAUGGGCAAGUUCUCGAUCGACUCUCAGUACCCAGGUGCCAACUGGAACCCAGAAAGCGUCAUUAACAUUGUGAGCGCCGGCAUUCUGGGCGUGACUCAGCCGCCCUCGUCAUCUUCAUCACCGGCCUCCUCCAUCUCUCCUAACCCCUACUCCAGCACCUUGAGCUGCACGAUGGCUCAGAACCAGCCUGAAAUGGAGCACAUCUAUUCGCCUCCCCCUCCUUAUUCUGGCUGUGGGGACGUCUAUCAAGACCCAUCGUCCUUUCUUUCCUCGUCUACCUGCCACAUAUCCUACCCCCCGCCAUGUUACUCUUCACCAAAACCGUCCACGGACAGCGGUCACAUGUUCAACAUUAUCCCGGACUAUUCCAGCCUGUUCCAGCCACAGUGCCAACGGGAUAUCCAUUCAGUACCUGACCGCAAGCCUUUCCCUUGCCCACUAGAGUCUAUGAGAGUGCCCCCACCUCUCACUCCCCUUAACACUAUUCGGAAUUUUACACUGGGGGGCCCAGCUAUUGAUGGACCCAGACUACCCAUCGCUUACAGCCCCCAGAAUUUACCUCUGAGACCCAUCCUGCGUCCGAGGAAGUACCCUAACCGCCCGAGCAAGACCCCUGUGCACGAGCGUCCCUACCCGUGCCCGGCAGAGGGAUGCGACAGGAGGUUCUCCCGUUCUGAUGAGCUCACCAGGCACAUCCGAAUUCAUACCGGUCACAAACCAUUUCAGUGCCGGAUCUGUAUGAGGAACUUCAGCCGAAGCGACCACCUCACCACCCAUAUCCGUACCCACACAGGAGAGAAACCGUUCGCCUGCGAUUUCUGCGGUAGGAAGUUCGCGAGGAGUGACGAAAGAAAGAGGCACACAAAAAUUCACCUCAGGCAAAAGGAAAGAAAAUCUUCCUCGGCAGCGUCAACAACCUCUGUAGUUUCAAACACGGACAGACCUGUCAGUAUUAGCACAUCCACCGGUAAUAUGUGCACUACAGGCAACAGUAUGUGUCCUUCCAGGACAACAUAAACACAUCCCUCGUAUUAUACACACUAUCAGAAAGUAUAAUAAUAAUAGAAAAUAUACUAAAACCGAAAGUACUUGAAUGGUUUUGAAGAUAUUUUGCCAAGUUGAAUCGUUGCCCUUUUCAGAUCAUAUACCCUAUGCGCUUGAACGAACUACCUACCCAUGCUGUAUAUGCGUAACAUAUAAUGCACUUUGUCUGCACACAUUUAUAAUUUUACCGAAAUUUCAAAGCAGACAUAUUUGACCGGUACGCACUUUCAUGAUGUUGUUUAAGUAAAAGUUUGGGGUUUUUUUAGCUUGAAAGAUUGGGAAGUUUGCUUGAUGUUUUUUUUUUUUUUUUUUUUUUUUUUUUUUUUUUCAAUUAAAAAUGGUUGAAAAGAAUUGCACAUAUAUACUUUUUUUUUACCUUUUUAGUGUGUUCAUAUAGCCAGAACAAAAUGAGUUUGCGUUUGUGAUAAACUGGCUUUCAAAUUUAUCAGUACUGCUUGCAAUAUGGAGGGUACAAAAUAAUAGCUAAUAUAAAAAUAUAUAUUUGCAAUAAUUGUGAAUAAAAUGUACUAAGUUAUUUAAAAAAAAAAAAAAAAGAAAAGUCAAACCUAUGUGUUGAGGUUAACAUGCUUAUUGAUUGUUCCGCUUCUGCGCGGUGGCUUGUUUUGUGUGCCCCGAUGAUUGUCAGCUUCUUGUAGCCAAUACAUUGUCAAGUAGGUUUUCAACCAAGCUGUAUAAUACCCAAGCCAUUUAAUAAGGUGUUUUUUUGUUUUGUUUGUUUUUUUUUAGAAUUAUAUAUUUUUGUACGCAUUGUUUUGUCUCUUAUUCUUAAAAAAGUGUUACCUUUGUAUAAAAGACUGAAGUCAAAGAAUGUAAAUAUACUUUAUAACUCGUACCGACUUCACGUUUGUUUGCUCGGAUUGUUUAAUACGACUGAAAAAUACUGUAUUUGUUAAAAAAAAAAAAACAAAAAAAAAAAAACGAUGGCACGUAGAGAGCUGGGCUGUUAUGAUAUGUGUUGUUUUACUGGUAGUUUAAAAUAAAUAAAUAAAUACAUGAUUUUGAACAA